CCUCCGUGCGCGGCGUGAGGAGCCGGCCGGGCCCGGCAGUGCGGGGCACGAUGAGCACGAAGCAGGUGACGUGCAGAUACUACUUGCAGGGCGUGUGUCGGGAGGGAAGCAAGUGCCUCUUCUCCCAUGAUUUGGCCACCAGCAAGUCCUCCACUAUCUGCAAGUACUACCAGAAGGGGCAGUGUGCCUACGGCUCCCGCUGCAGGUAUGACCACGUGAGGCUCCCGGCGGCGGGCGGAGCCGCGGCCCCGUGCAGCCCCCGGGCGCCCCUCGAGCCCGGCCCCACCGCCCUGCGCAGCAGGAGGGAGAAGAAGACACUGGUGCUCCGGGACAGAAAUCUGUGCGGCUCCAGCGAGGAGAAGCAGCGGCCCAGUGCCCCCGGGGCCAUGGUGUGCUGCAGUGACCCUGGGGACAGCGAGGAGGCCAAGCCCCACUCGUACCUGGAGGCCAUCUGCAGCGGGCUGGAGGAGCCAGGGGCCGGUGGCUGCCCUGGGGCUGCAGAGCAGCUGUGUCCCUACGCUGCUGCGGGCACCUGCCACUUCGGGGAGCGCUGCCUCUACCUGCACGGGCAGCUCUGCGAGAUCUGCGGCCUCCAGGUGCUGCACCCCUUCGACCAGGAGCAGAGGAAGGCCCACGAGAUGAUGUGCAUGGCAACGUUUGAGCAUGACAUGGAGAGGGCCUUUGCCAUCCAGGCCAGCCAGGACAAGGUGUGCAGCAUCUGCAUGGAGGUGGUGUAUGAGAAGCCCUCAGCCUCAGAGAGGAGGUUUGGGAUCCUGUCCAACUGCACCCACACGUACUGCCUGUCCUGCAUCCGCCAGUGGAGGUGUGCCAAGCAGUUUGAGAACCCCAUCAUCAAGUCCUGCCCCGAGUGCCGAGUGAUCUCUGAGUUUGUCAUCCCCAGUGUGUACUGGGUGGAAGAGCAGGAGAAAAAAAAUGAGCUGAUUGAAGCAUUUAAGCAGGGAGUAGGGAAGAAGCCCUGCAAGUACUUUGAGCAAGGGAAAGGAACGUGUCCCUUUGGAGGGAAGUGUCUUUACCUCCACGCUUACCCCGACGGGACCCGAGCUGAGCCUGAGAAGCCCAGGAAGCAGCUCAGCUCCGAGGGCACUGUGAGGUUCUUCAAUUCCGUGCGCCUGUGGGAUUUUAUCGAGGACAGGGAGAGCAGGAGCGCGCCGGGCACCGACAGUGAGGUCACGGAGCUGGGGGAGCUGUUCAUGCACCUCUCCGGGGCUGAGGAAGAUCCCACUGCUGCCCCCUGAGGACACACAGCCCCUCGGAGCCCAGCAGGGCAGCUAUUUAUUAGCCAUGCUUUUACUCUCUCCAGCACAGGUAGAACAAAACGUGCCCUGGUGGUCACUUGUGCAGUCCUGGUAAAGUUUUCAGAUAGUUUUUAUAUGGCAACAACAACAAAAAAAAGACUAAAAUAUAUUAAAAAAAAAAGUUGGCUGCAUGGAAAAAAAUCCUUUAAUCCCAGGAGGGUUUUCUCCCUUUCUGGCCUAACAUAUGCUGUCUUGUGAGCCGAGUGGUAGUGUAAAUACAGGUCCAGUGAAAGCUUAAGCUGGUAAAAACUGUUGCUAAACAGAGUUUGGAUGUUUUUGGGUUUUUUCUCCACUAAAUCAGCUAAAUGUAUAACUACACAACCCACAGCAAAUAAUGGUCAGUGUAGGGUUUUCUCCUUAAAAAGGAGCUGGUACAUUAUACCUCAAAUAGUACCUAGAGUUCACAGGAGAGUUGGGUGGCUUCUCUGGGUGUGUGGGCAUAGGUCUGGGCAGGGCCUGGCUCUCCAGGUGCUGCCAGUUGAGUUCCCAGCCCUGUUUUACACUAAUUCAAGUGCUCAGAGUCGGCAGGGGCUCCUGCUGGGAAGCAAAUGCAGCUGCACUGAUUGCUGAACUCGGGCAAAGCUAACCUGAACUCACUGCACAAACUGGAGCUUGGGAGCUGCAGCAGUAGAGUGAGGUUCUCACUCAUCCAGGAGUGGCUCUGCAGCAGCUCAGUGCCUCCAUUCCCCUUUUCCCCAGCAAUGCUGAAAGCUAAGGAGGGCUGAGGGAUUAAUGCACAUCUCUGCUGAGUUAACAGAAUUGUUACUGAAUUCUGGCUUUGUUAAAAACAUGACUUCUGUUGGUGUGGUGAAGGCAGUUUGAUUGUGAGAUCUGCUACCAAGUUAAUUCUGCCAAGUCACUUGUAUUGACUUUGCAGUUACAUCAAGAACUCGGUGUGCACUCAAGUGGCUGCUGAGUAACAGCAUGGACACACCUGAGCAGGAGCUGGCCCUGACUCAGGUCCUUGUAAAUCCCCUGGGGCUGGAGUGACACUCAUCAGUGUUUGUAAAUACAAAGUGAGACGCAGGGUUUGUUUCAGAACAGUUUGGUUGCAAUGGAAGGCAGCUGUGGAACUGGUUUUGUUAUUAUCUAUAGCAAUAUAAAAGCAUAAAAAUAAUACUUAAAGAUGUGUCAGAAAGAAAGAAAGGCCAAGAGCAGAAAGGCUUGAAAUCGCCACUUGUGCAUCAGUGCUGGUCACAGACUUGAUCCACCAGGGGUGGAAAAUUAUGAAGCAAAAUGUGUUCAGAGACGUGGGCAGGAAGCUGCUGCCAGCUGGGUCACCACAGCCACCCCUGGGUGGUGACACCAGGAUCUGGGUCCCUGCUGGGAGGGAAGAGCAGGAGCCUUCAUCUGGGAUUCAGACAUCGUCACCUGGCACCAGAGCAGUGACUCCAGGAUUAUCCAUUCAGCUGCUCUUGGCAUUUCUGGGUCAGGAACUCCUCCCCUCUGCCCCUGCCAGCUGUGCCCUCUUGUGACCUGGAAAUUAAACUUUCCCAUCGUUACUCCCCUCUAAAGUUAGUUUUUAGCAGUGCUCACUGCACAGUCAAGUCUGGCUUUGGCAGUGUCUGUAACAAGCAACAAUUCCCAGUUUCUUGGUAAAACUGGCCCAGCAAAGGUCUUAAGUGCAAUCAGUGCAAUUGGUCAGCACUAAUUACAAAGGAGAAGGUAAAUUAUCCCUACGAGGGAUGUCACACACUAAGAUGAAUGUUUCAAGGACACCCAAACUCCCCAGAAUACUUCACCAGCCCUCACCCUCCCACUAACACACAUUCCCAUCUGCUCCUGCACACACAUUUUUUUUCUUUUCAGAAAAUAAUAUUGUCAGGAAUACACCAAAAAAAAAAAUCUAUGGAGAGGAUGUUCUUUACCUUAGACAAGACAUUCCUGAUUUCCUUUGCCCCAAGAAGCCAUGAGGAAUAGUCUGAGUAGCAGAAAUUAAAAAGAGAACUCAUUUUUCAAAGCUACCCAGGGACUUAAAAUAUCUGAGUCUCUUAAGUUCUUCACUCGGCACCUUUCAUUUAAUUGGACAUCAAGUGCUGGUUAAAAUAAACCUACUUAUCAAAAACACUUCAUUCUUUCAAGAGACACAGGAUUUGGUUUAAAAAUAAAAUUAAUGGGAAAUCAGAAUUGAAGCAAAACCAGCUUACCUCUUCUGGGGUUGAAUUCUUCCCUGUUGUAAGCUUAUUAUAGCAAAUUGAAAAUUAGAGAUAUACGAUGUUUAAAGACAGUUGCAGUCCAAAUACCAAUAGUAUUAUUAGAAACCAUGCAGAACUAUAUGGAGCAGUCUCCUUCAAGUCUGUAUUUAGGCAGCAAUGCAUAUGGGCAUUCUCAGUUAUCACCCAGGGAUUAAUAUUCUACCCUUGCUGUGUUACAGAAUACUUUGAGGACAAACUGGAGGUGAUUUCUGUGGCUCUCCUGCCUUUCACAGGAGCCUUGUGGGGUUUUGCUGCUGCAGAGGGGAAGCUGCAGUGGCUGGGCAUUCCAGGGAGAGCUGGACACAGCUCCCAGCCAAGGCAGCAGCUUUGGGGUAGAGAUGGCAGAGGGCACAGCCAGCCCCAUCCCCACUCCCUGUGCACCCACAGAAAGGCAAAAUCCCAAAUUGGGCUUCCAGUCGUGCCCUAAAAACAACUGCUAUUUGAAAAAAAAAUCAUUUUUAGAUUCAUCCACCUGUAAUUCCAACAAACACUUGCACCUCAAGGAACAAGAGAAGAGAGCAGAAGUGGUGCAGGGAAAGAGCCUGAGAGCACAUCAGGGUGGGUGUCCAAAGCAGCUGCUGCAAGAUCAUUUCAGUACACAAAAACUGUCUUGUCAUGGGACUGGAAAUGUAGAGUUUGUUGUACCGUGUUUUUACUUGCACUGCUAUUGUUUAUCAGUUACUUUUAAAAAAAAUAUUCAGAAUGUCAUUCCUUGAGUUUUCCAACUGCAGAUGUCCCACUCAGAACUGUGGAUGACUACAUUAAAAUAAUGACAUUGAAUCUUAAACCUAAAAUUUAAUUUAUUUUAUUAAAAUAAGAUAAUCAGAGGAACCUUGGCUUACAAUAAAUGCAUUUUCUCAGGAGCAAUAAAAACAAAAUUAAAACCCAAAUCAACAAGAAAAACUGUAUAUGCUCAGUUUCCUCUUGCUAGUGCAUCUCUGGGACGACAGCUUCCGCCGGGAUGCAGCCUCUGCACGAGGUGGGAACACCCUCAGCCUCUUCCAGCCCCCAGCCCAGCAUUCCUCACUCAGCCCUGCCUGGGCUGCAGGAACAGGUCCAUAGUACCAAAGGCAGCUGGGAGGCUUCUCAAGAUGACCAAAGCAGGACUGGCUCACCUCUUUCUCUGAGCAGGACAAUUCACAACAGAUUCCAUCCUUUUGCAAGAGUUUUUCUUCUGUGUGCAAAACUAUUUUGUGUUGAAUUAGCAUUUGAACUUAUUUCAUUGGCUUGGUGAAGCUCUUAGGCAGGAGCUGAUUUCCAGAGUUAUUUCCUCUUCCCACUCCAGGCACAACUCCCCGGGCUGAGGUGGCACAUGGCAUGGGGCAGUCAGAGCACCAGAACGUCACCUGUCCUCAGAGCCACCUCACUGAGCACAGAGCAAACCCAGCCAGAACCACUGCCAAAGAAACAGCCAUCGCUUCUGGGGAGGGGAAAAUAAGGCUCAAGUGCAUCUAUUAAAAAAAUAGUAAUAGA